UUGAUCCAAGACUUCGUACCCGGAAGUAGUGUGAAUAUUUACUUCAAAUCAACUGACUACAAUUACAGUUUAGGUUUGUUAGAAUUACUAAAAAUUAUAUGCAAACGUACAUAAGAUAACUUGCAUGUAAAUAGCUAGUAAGCGUUUAGCUCUUCUGUAACUAGGCUAUAGCGAAAAGAGGUUGAAAGAAGUUGCUAAAGCCAGCUAGUUAGCUAGCUAGCAAGCUUACUCAAACCUAAACAAAGUUUUUCACGUGUUGUCGGGGUUGUAAACUAUUAGAUGUGUGUGUUUUAACGCGUGGAUAUGGACAAGAUAGCCAAAGAUGUUGGGGAUAUUCAGUCCAGGCUAAUAGACCAUAGACCUGUCGUACAAGGGGAGAUCUGCUAUUUUGUGAGAGAAUUUGACGAAAAACGUGGAUUCAGAGAGAGCCGUUUGCUGGACAACCUGAACAAAAUGGUGGUGGAGACCAACGAGCAGUCGUUGCCCAAAUGUUCAGAGCACAUGCAUAAGCACCUCUGUGAGGCCCUCACACGAUUGGAGGCUGCGAAUCACAUGUCACAGAGUAUCCAGCAGAGGGAGCUAGAGGCAGAGCAAAGCACCCAGUUGCAGGUGACCAUAGACAGACGGAAGGAGGACUGGGACAAGUUUCUGAAGGAGCAGCAGCGGCUGGAGGAGGAGGUGGACAAGGAACAUGCCAAGGCCGUCGGACGCCUCAGCAUCAUGUACAGCAACAUGAAGAAGGACCUGGCCAAAUUCUCCCACUUUUGAUCCUCGGUGUGUGUGUGUGUGUGUCUGUCUGUCUGCUUGAAAUUAAGUUGUAGCCUUUGAUUGAUGCAGUACUUAGUUGUUGGCACUAACAGAGGACUUCUGAGCGCAUAAGUCAACAUUUUCCAGAUCACAAAUAAGAAAGUGUGAUUAACAACUUGGCAUUUUCACAGCCCAUCAACAUCAUCAUUUUCUGUCCUAAGCACAUGAAAUAUGUAUGUCAAGUUCUGGAAAAUCUCAUUUUUAAAACAUAAAUUACAUGUUUGUUCCUUGGCUGCGAAGCUUUUAACAUUUUGCGAUUUUUAAUGGAAUUUUCUAGGAGGUGUUGAUAGAUGUGUGUUUGCUAUAGUUGGGCAGUAUCCAGAUUUUCAUACCGUCAUACCAUCAAACAAUUCUGGCAACAGGGAUCUUGAUCCAGGAGGGGAUUGAAUGUCUCUGCUUGAUCUUGACAUCUAGCCACUUAGUUAGCAAACCAAAUGCAUAGCUGGAGCCCUGAGCUGAAUAUCAUUUUUGACACAUCUUCGAUUUCUUAGAGUUCUACUUAACUUCUAGAUAUAAACAGUGGCGUAGCACGGCAAGGCUAUCGCCCAAACCUAGUGUUUGCCUCCAGCUGAAUAAGAAAAUAAACUGGAAUUUGGCACAGAUUAGAUAUUUUAAGCUACAUGCGAGUGAAAAUGUUUAACGUCAGAAGUGCUAUUCAAAGCUGGUUUGUCAGAAGUGCUAUUCAAAGCUGGCUUGUCAACGGCACAGGUCAACAUCUCAAACUUUACUCACUGAGCAGUUUUCCCAACUAGGCAUGGCUCACCAACUCUUCAGAUUAGGGUACAUUCAACCUCUGACAUCAAGUACAACUAGCAACCUCUCAAAAUAAGGAAAUCAGAAAUGGUUUUACUGAAACAAGCUCAAACAGUCAGAAGUGGACAUUAUUUAGUGGUGUUUUCCCAGGCCUCUUAUGUACCUUGUUAAAUGGAGAGGUACACUUGUAGCGCUUUAUGAAGUGUUUUGUUUAAAGACAGUAUAUGCACUGGACAAUGGCAUGCUGUUUAGACUGAAGGGUGGAUGGACUCCCUGACACAUUCCUGACCUGCUGGGAACAGGAUUCAUCUCAGUAGAAAGUGACAGAACAAAUAUUUAAAAUGGCUCUCAUGAACACAAUGUGUGCACGGACCCCUUACAUAAGACUUCUUUGUUGCGUUGGGGACGCAGAUCUCAUCAAUCAGUAUAAGUAAAAUAAAGCGUUGCUAAACUCUG